AUGCCAAUCUUCAAGAGCAAGCAUCCAGGGAUCCAAGUUCCCACAGACGUGACAGUAUGGCAAUGGCUGUUCGAACCAGACUCCCCAGCCUCCCCCCUGAACGGCCACAUCGCCGAGCCCAGCCUCGCGGGCUACACUGACGCCCUCACCAAAGAGCGCGUGUCAUGGCGACAAGUUCGUGACAGCGCAACCUACAUCUCGACCGCCCUCGUCCGUAACUACGGCCUCCAACCAGGCCAGACCCUCGCUCUCUUCAGCAGGAACACCAUCUGGUAUCCCGUCACCCUGUUUGCAGCCGUGCGUGUGGGUGGCAUCGUGUCGGGGGCGUCCCCGGCAUACACCGUUGACGAGAUGACCUAUGCUCUCCGCACCGCCAGGGCCAGGUUCAUCGCCACCCACCCGACCUCGCUGCCUAUCGCUGAAGAGGCAGCCCGACGCGUGGGGAUCCCAAGGCGGCACAUCUUCCUCCUUGAAGGUGACCAACAGGCUGCUGCUGCUGCUGCUGCUGCUGCUGCUGCUGCUGCUAGGGGUGCCGACGCUGGACGGGAGGGAAUUUACCACUACACCACCAUCCAGGACCUGAUCCGCCUUGGGAAAAGUCACGGCGGCCCUGAAGCCCAAGUCGCCCCGUUCAGUAUUCCCCAGGACGGUGAUAGAGGCAAAGGCAAAGGAAACAGCAAUGUAUGCGCAUUCCUCAGCUUCUCCUCCGGCACGACAGGCCUACCCAAAGCUGUCAUGAUCUCCCACCACAACGUGAUCGCCCAGGCCCUCCAGAUGAUCCCCCUCACGCCUCCCGACCACAAGAGAGUAUUAGGCGUCCUUCCGCUUUUUCAUAUCACGGGUAUCGUCCACGCCAUGCAUCUCCCUGUCGCCGUCAACGCCGAGGUCGUCAUGCUGCCCGCCUUCACUAUGCCCUCCAUGCUGGCCGCCAUUGUCGAGUACCAGAUCCGCGAGGUCCUCCUCGUCCCGCCUCUCCUCAUCCGCCUCGUGCGCGACCCCAUUGUCAAGGACUACGACCUGUCCUGCAUCCGCAGGUUCAGCAGCGGCGCCGCACCCGUGUCGGACGAGAUCCUGGUCCUGCUGCGGGAUCGGUUCCCUGGCACAGGCUUCAAGCAGGGCUACGGCAUGACCGAGAGCUGCAGCUGCAUCACGGCCACGCCCCUGGACGAGCAAGCCCGCUUCGACCGCGCCCGCACCGUCGGCACCAUCGUGGCUGGGACAGAGGUGAAGCUGCUGCGAGAGGACGGCGCCGAGGCCGGCACAAACGAGCCUGGCGAGAUCCUGGCGCGCGGGCCCCAGGUCGUCAUGGGGUACUUGGGCAACGAGCAGGCGACGAGGGAGACGUUUGACACGGACGGGUUCCUGCACACGGGAGACCAGGGGGUGAUUGACAAGGAAGGGUUUGUCACGAUUACCGACCGCAUCAAGGAGCUGAUCAAGGUCAAGGGGGUUGGCGUGGCGCCUGCCGAGCUGGAGGAUCUGUUGCUGGGCCACCCAAAGGUCGAGGACUGUGCUGUGCUGGCGCGGGCGGAUGAGUGGGCGGGGGAGAGGCCCAAGGCUUAUGUGGUUCUGAAGCCAGGUUGGAAGAGAGAGGAACAAGGAGGUGCAGGGCAGGUUAGCGAGGAGCAAAUUGGGCUGGAGAUUCUGCGGUAUGUGCGGGAGCGAAAGGUGCGGACCAAGUGGGUGAGUGAGGUUGAGUUUGUCGAGGAGAUUCCCAAGAGUGCUAGUGGGAAGAUCCUGCGGCGGGUGUUGCGGGAGAGGCAGAGGAAGGGGCCGCAUGGUGUGGUGGUGAAGAGCGAGCAGGAGCCAUCCUCCAAGCUAUGA